ACGUGUCGCUGACAGUUGAGAAAUAACCAAAAAUAAAAAUAAAUUUAAUGCGGAAAUUAUAAGGAUGUGAUAUUUUAAUACAUUAUAAUUAACCCUAAUUGUUGAAUCGAUACAACAAAAAAUAUCAACUAUGCAGUGUCGUGCGUGUUUACAAACUAAUUGCGAAAAUACUAUUCGAUUCGACGAUCUCAAAAUUAUGUGCUUCAAUUUAAUUACAAAUUUAUCUAUAAGUAAAGACGACAACAUGCCUCAACAGCUGUGCCAAACUUGUACGAGGGAGCUAACACUCUGUGUGGAGUUCAGACAAAAAUGUAUAUCUUCUAAUGUAAUACUACUCAGUGCUCAAACAAAAAAUGAAGAUAUAAAGGUGGAACCUCAGUUUAAGCAAGAGUAUGUAGAUGAUGACAUGGACCAUGAUGCUUCUGAGAUCAAUUAUAUAGAAAUGGACACAAAAGAAGAAAUACAAAUUGAGAAUGAGUAUGUUGAGGCGAAUCCGUCUGGAGACAAUUUUGUAUAUGAGUUUGUAGCGGAUGUUAAGAAACAGGAGGCCGAUGAAAUUCUAGCAAUAUUGCCAUCAAAAAAUAAGACCAGAAAACCUCGAGCAAGAUUGCCAUCAAAAAAAAAGACCAGAAAACCACGAGCAAAACUCUCGAAACACAAAACAGAUGAACCGGACAACAAAGCACAUGAAUCUGGAAAAUUGGAAUUUUUGAAUUGUGGACUGUGCCCGGACAGAGUGGAGGUAGACAAGUUGCGGUCGCACCUGAUGGGGCACGAGCACGACGCGGGUGCGGCGGGGUGCGGCGUGUGCGCGCUGCGACUGCCGUGGAAGACGCUGCUGCGGCACAGGAUCACGCACCUGGAACCGCCGCACCUCAUAUGUCACGUUUGUCUCCACACCGCCAAAUCUCGAGCAUCCUUGAGGACCCAUUACAAAAAGCAUGACGAUGUCGUGGCGUGUGGCGAGUGCGGGAAGCGGUACCGGAAUGCGCGCAACUUGGACAGGCACGUGCGCGCGAUGCACGACACCACAAAACUACACUGUGACCAGUGUGAUGAAGUUUUAACUUCUGCUCAUGCUCUCAGAAACCACGAGAACAAAACCCACAGACACAAAUGCAGCGCGUGCGAGUUCACAGCCGAGACACGGAGCGGCCUGCGCCAACACAUUCUCCGCGUGCACGCAGCGACGGCGUCGACGUGCGAGUUGUGUCGCGCGGCGUUCGUGGACGCGGUCGCGCGCGCCGCACACGUCUGCCGCAUGCGCGCGCCGUCGCACGCCGCCACAGUCUGCAACAUCUGCGGCAGGCUCUUCCAUAAGGCUGACAAGCUAAAGAAGCACCUGACGACGCACACGGGCGAGCUGAGCUACAAGUGCGAGGAGUGCGGCGUGGCGUACCGCACGUGGCGGGCGCUGCGCGUGCACCGCAACAAGCACGCGGGCGUGCGCCCCCACGCCUGCGAAUACUGCCCCGCCACCUUCAGCGCCAUGCCCACGCUCGUCAAACACCGCAGGGUGCACACCGGCGAGCGGCCGUACGUGUGCAAGAUGUGCGGGAAGGGUUUCAGCGCCAACCACAACCUCAAGCUGCACAUGCGGGUGCACGGCGUCUACGACCUCAUCAAGAAGAAAACAAAAGACAAUACAAACGAAAAUCCAGUCGACAACAAUACAGAGACGACACAAAAUUAGCAAAUAAACUAUUUCCUAGU